GCUAUUAAUGGGCGGAAGCGGUGGCUUCGGUGGCUCCUCUGGGGCGUGUGGGUUUUGUAUCCUCCGGCGGCGGCUCGGUCCCUGGGAAGGGCUGCCCCCCCCCUCCCGUCCGCCCUCUGCGCCUUCCUCGGCCCCCUCCUCCAGCGCGGAGGGCUGGUUGCUAUGUGGCUGGUAGGACUGCCACCAGCGGGAGAGCCGAUCGGCCCCACCCCCGCCUGCUGGAGUCAGCCUCCCAGGCCGGUUGUUUUUGACGUCACCGGCGCUCUGAUGUGCACAAAUACCGAGUAUAAAGGUUGUUGAACCGCGUACAUUUGGGUGGUGAUGGUGAUUUUCCCUCCAGGGAUUUCAGAGUUGCAUCAGGCUUCAGUUCCGACUGAGAAACCGGAGGAGUGUCUCCCAGCUGCUGUGUUCUCCAGGAGCCAGGCGCUUCCCGAGGCAGGGCCAUGCUCACGUUCAUGGCCUCUGACAGCGAGGAGGAAGUGUGUGACGAGAGGGCAUCCCUGAUGUCGGCCGAGAGCCCCCCGCCACGCUGCUGCCAGGAGGACAGGCAGGGCUUGGAGGAUGGAGAGGGUGCCGACCAGUGGAGAGGCCAGGAUAGCGAGGACGACUUUGACGAGGACCCUGACCACUAUGUCUGCGGGGGGGUCCCCGGGCAGCCGUCAGGCCUGGAGGAGGAGCUGACCCUGAAAUACGGGGCGAAGCACGUGAUCAUGCUGUUCGUGCCGGUGACGCUGUGCAUGAUCGUGGUGGUGGCCACCAUCAAGUCCGUGCGCUUCUACACGGAGAAGAACGGACAGCUGCCCUAUGGAGCAGGCAGGGAGCAGAGUCUGCAGCCCGCCGUCUCCCUCAGCAUCUACACACCAUUCACCGAGGACACGCCCUCCGUGGGCCAGCGCCUCCUCAACUCCGUGCUCAACACCCUCAUCAUGAUCAGUGUCAUUGUGGCCAUGACCAUCUUCUUGGUCGUGCUCUACAAAUACCGCUGCUACAAGUUUAUACACGGCUGGUUGAUCAUGUCCUCACUGAUGCUGCUUUUCCUCUUCACCUACAUCUACCUUGGGGAGGUGCUCAAGACCUACAACGUGGCCAUGGACUACCCCACGCUGUUCCUGACGGUCUGGAACUUCGGGGCGGUGGGCAUGGUGUGUAUCCACUGGAAGGGCCCCCUGGUCCUGCAGCAGGCCUAUCUCAUCAUGAUCAGCGCCCUCAUGGCCCUGGUGUUCAUCAAGUACCUUCCGGAGUGGUCCGCGUGGGUCAUCCUGGGUGCCAUCUCUGUGUACGAUCUCGUGGCUGUGCUGUGCCCCAAAGGGCCACUGAGAAUGCUGGUGGAAACGGCCCAGGAGAGAAACGAGCCCAUAUUCCCUGCCCUGAUAUACUCCUCCGCCAUGGUGUGGACGGUGGGCAUGGCCAAGCUGGACCCCUCCUCCCAGGGAGCCCUUCAGCUGCCCUACGACCCAGAGAUGGAGGAAGACUCCUAUGACAGUUUUGGGGAGCCCUCGUACCCCGAAGUCUUUGAGCCCCCGCUGCCUGGUUACCCCGGGGACGACCUGGAGGAAGAGGAGGAAAGGGGCGUGAAGCUCGGCCUGGGGGACUUCAUCUUCUACAGCGUGCUGGUGGGCAAGGCAGCGGCCACGGGCAGCGGCGACUGGAACACGACGCUGGCGUGCUUUGUGGCCAUCCUCAUUGGUCUGUGUCUGACCCUCCUGCUGCUGGCCGUGUUCAAGAAGGCGCUGCCCGCCCUCCCCAUCUCCAUCACCUUCGGCCUCAUCUUUUACUUCUCCACGGACAACCUGGUGCGCCCUUUCAUGGACACCUUGGCCUCGCAUCAGCUCUACAUCUGACGGCGGGCCGGGCGCCGUGGGCUGGCGGCCCUGGGCGGGUCGUGACAGGGCCCCCGCGUAGUGUCCCCGUCUAGUGCCAUAUGUCUCUGAGACUUUUCUUUCCUUGACGAGAAAGAAAGAGAAGGGAGUGUCGUGUUUACUUGGCGAAGAGGAAGAAGCAGCUUUUUGGCGCUAGUUGUUUGGUCACCGGAGCACGGCUCACCGACCGAGGGACCGAGGACGGCCGUGUGGACAAGGACAGUGCGGUGAGGCCGCCUGGCCCGGCACCACAGCCCGCGGUGCUCCGCGGGCCAAGGCGAAGGAAGGGACCAGGAGUCCGUGCUGGGAUGGCGCUGAGCACCUGCCCGCUGUGGCCGCAGAAGGAAGCCAGCGUGCCCUGCGUGGAAUGUCCCCAGUGCUUCUGUCUGUGACGUCGUUGUUAUUUUAAUUACCUUUAGAAGCCGGGUCCUGUUCUCGCUCAGCAGUUACUGCUGUGAAGUGGCUUAAUAUCAAAAUCAAUAAAUAAGUGAAUCCUGUUGGAA